AUGGCACCAAAUAAUGGUGGAGUUACUAUAAACUCUACCCCCAAGGCCAAUAAAUCUCACCUCCCUGAAAUGGAGCAACUAGCAAACGAUAAUUUGAUCUCUUCGCAAAUGAUCCAAAGUGCAGCUGCACAAGCGUCUAUUUCGCAAAGGCGCCACCCAACACACAACUCGUCAGACGCACACGGUGGUCAGCUUAGCGACAGUGACCCGAUUGGCCAAGCCAACUCUUCGCCGCCAUUGAACAGCUCAGUCAUGAAUUCUAUCGAGAGAGACGACACCCCGAUGCUUGAUGCUGGCUCGGUAGACCAGACAAGGGCCGGGUCACGCUCGAGUGGUCAUGAACGCCCUCCUGCAGCCACUCAUCUACAGAAUCAAGAUUAUUUGUCUCCCAGUGCCCGAGGUACCACCGAGCCCGAAGAGCCAGAGCUUCUAGCCACCCUUCAUCCCUCCAAUGAUGAGGAGGAAGGCGACGCUCUGAUAGAUGGCUGGGGAACCCUGCGAGGAUCAGCCUUUGUCAUUCUCCAGUACGGGCCUCGCAAUGGAGCCAGAUACAGUUCAAAUACAGACAUGGAUAUACCAAUGCCUCCAUGA